AUAUUUUAAAUUUAUAACGGGUUUAUGCCUUUAUGGUUUAUCUUAUUAUUAUACACGUGGAAACCGAUAUUCCUUCACAAGUUCACAUGAUUUUUCAGUUCUAGUGAAAUUAGAAUAAUUGGCUUCUCUCGUAAAUAUAUUUUCUGUUAGAAUGGAUUCCAAGGACUUAAUAAAAGGAUGGAAGAAGUGUGAAAUAUGUAACAAAAACAAAACUUUUGUAAGCAUGUCAAACUUUAGAACUCACAUUAAAUUAAAGCACCCAGAUGAUGUAGAAAAAUUAGAUCCAGGAGCAAAACCAUCUGCAAAAUGUAAUGUUUGCAAUAAAUCCAUUGAUAAAAGGUAUAUGACCAAGCAUCUAAAACUCAAACAUCCAGAAUUAGAAGAGACUUUGCCUAGCACUAGUAAAAAGAUUUAUGACUGUACACUGUGUCACAAAAAGUUUGACACAUUACAGGCAUCUUUAAAACACAAUCAUAAACGUUUGAAAAUGUUGAGAUGCAGUUUAUGUGAAUAUGAAAAUCCAUCACAAGAAAAACUUAUAUCGCAUAUGAAAAUGCUGCAUAGUAUUGAUAUAAACAGUCAAAAGUUAACAUUUGAUUCUGUAGAAAAAUUUGAGCAAUGGAAAGCAGAACUAGAAAAAAGCACUCUAUCAAAAUAUAAUAUUACACAUGGUUCAUAUGUAACACAGAAAUAUAAAAGAUCCCAAUACAAUUUAUUUGUAAAAUGUAUACACUAUGUGUUCUUGAUAAACAUUAAGUAUAAUAUAUUUAUAUUAUUUAUUAACAUAGUAUGUACAGUUACGGCCAGUGAAUAGUUUACAGGCUGGCUUAUCUAGGAGCCGAUUUUUUAAAUUUUUACCUCAUUUAAACGCACCUCUUGCGUCAAAGGGACGUUGCCAGUGGUGUACCUAGAAUAAGUUGAUUAAAAUUAAAAAAUCAAAAUAACAAAAAUAAAUUUUACAAAAUUUAUCAAAAUGAGAAAUAUAGAAAUAAGUUUUUUUGAAUAAAAUGGAUUACGGUCUUAAUAUGGUUUAGUUUCUUAUUUUAUUUUUCAACACUCACGAAAUUUUUGACAAGCAUUGACUUUUUGAGAUUUUUUGACUUUGGCAUUUAUCAAAUCCGUACGACACUGCAAUUUUACAGUAUUACAAUAUAAAAAUUAAAGUGUAAACUAUUCAGUGAACGUAACUGUACAUUAGCUGUAAUGAGUAGGUAAAAUAAGAAGUAAAAAAUUGUAAUAUAAUAACCAUGUUUCACUAAUUAACAAUAUCUAAUAUCUCUAAUACAUUUACUUUUGAUUGAGACUGGCUGAAUGACUAUAGUCCAAGCAAAAAAAAUAUCAAAAUGGUGACGAAAUAUGAUUAAUAAAUUAGUAAUUAACUAUUUUACUUUCUACUUUGGUAAUACCUUAUUAAUUAUACAGGGUGUCCCGAAAAGAUUGGUCAUAAAUUAUACCACAUAUUCUGGGGUCAAAAAUAGUUCAAUUGAAACUUACCUUAGUACAAAUGUGCUCAUAAAAAAAGUUACAGCCCUUGUAAAGUUACAAAAUGAAAAUUGAUUUUUUUUAAUAUGUCGAAAACUAUUAGAGAUUUUUUAUUGAAAACGGACAUGUAUUAUUCUUGUGGCAGGAAGAUCUUAAAACAAAAUUAUAGUGAAGUUUGUCCACCCCAUAAAAAUGUUAUGGGGUUUUGUUCCAUUAAACCCCCCCCCUCCCCCCAAACUUUUGUGUAUGUUCCAAUUAAUUCAUUUUUGUGAUACCAUUAGUUAAACACAACGUUUUAAAAACUUUUUUGCCUCUUAGUAUUUUUUCGAUAAUCCAGUUUUUAUCGAGAUGCGGCUUUUUUUUUAAUAUAUUUACAUAAAAAUUUUAUGGGGGUUUUGUUCCUUUAAAGCCCUCAAACGUUUGUGUAUGUUCCAAUUAAACUAUUAUUGUGGUACCAUUAGUUAAACACAGUGUUUUUAAAACUUUUUUGCCUCUUAGUCUUUUUUUGGCAAGUCACCUUUUAUCGAGAUGUGGCUUCUUUUUCAAAAUAUACCUAAAAAUGCAAAUUAUAAAUAAAUUUUCAGAUUAUUAACAGGUCUCUUUAAUCGUACUUAACCAUAUACAAAUAUGUGGUGGAUUCGACAAAUAUUCAAAAUAUGUCGAUAAACACUGGCUUAUCGAAAAAGUACUAAGAGGCAAAAAAGUUUUAAAAACAUUGUGUUUAACUAAUGAUAUGGGGAUUAAUACUAAAUAUAUAAAGACUAAUAAUGGGGAUUAAAAGAACAAAACCCCCAUAAAAUUUUUAUGGGAUGCAUAAAUUUCACUUUAAUUUUUUUAUAAGAUGUUGCUGCUAGAGAGAGAGAGAAUAUAUGUUUAUUGUCUAAGAAAAAAUCUUGUUGACAAACACUGUUUAUAAACACUGCUAUAAGAAUAAAACAUGUCCAUUUUCAAUAAAAAUCUCUAAAAGUUUUCGAUAUACGAAAAAAAAAUCGAUUUUCAUUUUGUAACUUCAAAGGGCUGUAACUUUUUUUGUGUGCACUAUUGUAUAUAGAUAAGUGAGGUUCAAUCAACUUAUGAUGUACAUAUAUAUCUCCAGUUCUGUCUCACAUCAUCAACCUAUCUGUCAAGAAUGGCAAGUUUCCAAGUGAUAUUAAAACGGGAGUAGUUAGUCCAAUUUUCAAAAAGGGGGAUCCAUGUUUGGUUGAUAAUUACAGGCCAAUCACUGUAACAAGUGUACUCUCUAAGAUUAUCAAAAAGUGUAUUUACAAUAAAAUGUAAAAUUUUCUGAACAAACAUUAUAUCUUAAAUAAAUGCCAGCAUGGGUUUCUUCCUAACAAAUCUACAGAAAGUGCUUCUAUUUCAUUAUUUAAUUAUAUCCACGCUGCUUUGGAUCGAAAAAGAUAUGUGGGUGCACUCUUUUUUGACUUAACUAAGGCUUUUGACUCAAUUGACAUUAUACUGCAUAAAUUAGAAGCCCUUGGUUUUCGGGCCAUUUCUUGAACUGGUUAAGGUCAUACUUACAAUAUCGUAAAUUCCUAGUAAAAAUCGAUAAGAAGUCAUCUGUUUUUAAUCUUGAUCAAGGUGUACCACAGGGCUCCGUAUUAGGACCCUUAAUAUUUCUUUUAUAUGUCAAUAAUUUGAUAAAUUUUAUAUGUGGAAAUGCAGAUAGAUUAUUAAGGAAGCCGACCCCGCAUAGGGAUAAGGCAAAGAGAAUGAUGAAUUUGAUAAAUUUUUUAACUGCAAAAUCAUACAGUUCUCUAUGCAGAUGAUUCAACAAUUAUUGUAGUUGACUCGUCAACUGAAGUCGGAACUCAUAUCCAAAAUGAACUUGGUAGCACAGGAAUUUACAACCUGGUGUAAAAGGAACUCUUUAAUGGUAUAUGCAAAGAAAACUAUUUGUAUGCAGUGCUACUCGUGCAGUAAGCCAUCCCAUGAUUAUAAGAUCACAGUUAGUUCUGAGGAAAUACCUUUUAGUGAUACAUUAUUUCUUGGUAGCAUUCUAGAAAGUAAUAUGACAAGGGAUGAAAACGUUACUAAAGUCUGCAAAAAAAUGAAUAAGGGUUAGUAUGCGAUCCUUCAGUUGAAAACUCUAUUUAAUACCAAUCAAUUGAUAAGUGUGUACUAUGCAUUGGUUUACUCAUAUAAUAUAUGAGUCAUAUUAUAGCCUAUAAUGUUGUCUUGUAGGGAAACUCUUCUAGAGUUUUUGUAACUAAAAAGAGAAUUAUUAGAUUGAUAUUUAAUAUCUAUCGAUAAUAGACAAUCAUGUCGUAAAUAUUUUAUUGAUCACAGACUGACUUUCCAUGCUUUAUACAUUUAUAAGUGCAUUAUUCAUGUUAAAACUAUAUUUCAAAAUUUUACUCUCAACUCUGACUAUCAUAAUUACCUGACAAGGCACGGGAGGAUGAUAAGCGUAUGUAAACAUUCCACAACUCUUUUUGAAACUAGUCCUGAUUUUACAGGAUCUAAAUUUUACAAUUGUUUGCCACUUGAUAUGAGAAAUGAAAAUAAUAUUCAAAAAUAAAUUAAAAUCAUGCUUGAUAGAAUUAUGUGUUUACAACCUAAAUGAUUACUUUGACUUAAUAAAAGACUACAAGGAAUGAGGACCGACGGGUUCAGAGACACUAUAUUGCAUAUCUUUUUUUAUUAAUUUAUAGUUUGUUGAUUAUGUUUUAUAUAACUGUCCUGUAUGACUUGUUGAUUAUGUUCUAUGUAACUACAUAUAUGGCUUGUCCUAUACUGCCGUGCUUAGAGAAAACACUGUAUCUGCAAAAAUUAAAUUUUUACUUCUUUCUAACCCAAAUGUGCAUAUAUGUCUUAUUUGCUUACUAAAAAUGACGUAAGUUAAACCAAAACACAUUAAACACACCACAUCUUAUGCCGUAUCUUGUGUAAAUGUAUACGAAUACUUUAACAAAAAUCGAUUUUACUCAUAUGUGAUGUCUCUGCAGAUACGGUGUUUUCGCUAAGCACGGCAGUAUAUCACACUAUCAUCUAAAUGAAUUAAUAAAGAUAUUCUAUUCUAUAAACAGUGUUACAUUUGCUUUUGUUCAUUGUAACACAAAUUUAUUAUGUGGGAACCAAUCUUUAGUUUUCGUAAACAAAUCUUUAAAAUUUUCUAUUGCUUUCUAGUUACGUUUCUUUAUGAGUGUUUCCAUGUUUUCUGUAUCUGGUCUUAUAGCAUCUUCAAAGUAUUUUAAUUGUUGGACCUGGUGGUUUGUUAAAUUUGAGUUUGAUCACCAGUCUGACUUAAUUUUUAAGUAUAUUAGGUUUUUUUUCUGUUUUGUUAGGGGUUUAGUGAACGAGUUCCUAGAGUUGAUCAUCUUUAUAUAGAUCCCUGCUUCUCUAUUUGUUCUCAGUAUACCUGUGUAUUCUCCAAUAGAUAUGCUCUUUCAUUCUCUACUCAUUCUAUAUAAUAUUUCAAAAUAUACUUGAGAUGUACUUUUUGUAAAUUUUGUAAAAUAAAAUAAAUUUGUUUUUAGAUAA